CUAUCGCCAAGUAGUGUCCAUAGUGUCGUCUGUACACUUUAAGUCUCCUCUCUUUGCUUGAUUUGCCUUCCGACACGAGGAUGCUGCUCGCGAACCGUGUUAACGCCGGUGCCGCCCGCCGUGUGAGCGGGCGGGCCGCUGCUCCCAUCGCGGUGCGUGCGGGCCGUCGCUCUCUUGUGUGCGAGGCGCGCAAGGUUGCGCUGCUCGGCGCUGCCGGUGGCAUUGGCCAGCCUCUGGCUCUGCUGCUGAAGAUGAACAAGUUUGUGACGGAGCUGGCGCUUUACGAUAUCGCAAAUGUCGUCGGCGUUGCCGCUGACCUGAGCCACUGCAACACCCCGGUGAAGGUUACUGGCUACACCGGCCCCGAGGAGCUGGGCGCCUGCCUGAAGGGUGCUGAUCUCAUCGUUAUUCCGGCUGGCGUGCCCCGCAAGCCUGGCAUGACCCGUGACGACCUGUUCAACACCAACGCUGGCAUCGUUAAGGCGCUGGUGGAGGCGGUCGCCAAGCACGCUCCCAACGCCGUGCUGGAGAUUAUCACCAACCCCGUCAACUCGACCGUGCCUAUCGCUGUGGAGACCCUAAAGCUGGCGGGCGUGUAUGACCCCAAGAAGGUUAUUGGUGUGACCUCGCUGGACAUUGUCCGCGCCAACACCUUUGUGUCGGAGGCUAAGGGCCUGGACAUGAAGGACGUGGACGUGCCGGUCAUUGGUGGCCACGCUGGCUCCACCAUCCUGCCGCUGCUGUCUCAGACGACUCCCCCCGUGACCUUCACUGAGGCUGAGAAGAAGGCCAUGACCGACAAGAUCGCCAACGCCGGCACCGUGGUGGUGGAGGCCAAGGCUGGCAAGGGCUCCGCCACCUUGUCCAUGGCCUACGCCGCCGCCCGCAUGGCUGAGUCGACGCUGCUGGGUCUGAACGGCGAGCCCAACAUCUACGAGUGCGCCUUCGUGCAGUCGGACGUUGUUGCGGACUGCCCCUUCUUCGCCAGCAAGGUGCUGCUGGGCCCCAACGGCGUGGCCAAGGUGAUGGGCCUGGGCGAGCUGGACGCCUUCGAGCAGGCCGCCAUGGCCGCCAUGCUGCCGCAGCUCAAGAGCGAGAUCCAGAAGGGCCUCGACUUUGUCAAGAGCCCCCCCGCCCCCGCCUCGUAAAGCGGACAGCGAGCUAAUAAGGCAGCCCGGCUGCUGGUCUGCUAUUGGAGAUAGUGCGUAGGCAGCUAGGAUGCAAGCAUUGUGAUGGACAGGCAGGGACUGCAUGCGCCCAAGCGGCUGUGCCGGGUGGGCCCUGGGGCAGUUUGGGUGCGCGAGGACCCUGGGAGACUGCAGGACUGGAGACUGCAACCAGCGCGGCGUGUGUCGGGCAGGUUUGUGGUUACGCUUGGUGACCCCUCUUUCAUCUAGGUAGGCUCGAGCCGAGUGCGAGUUGCUUCCACGGAGGUCAGGGGCUGGCCUGUGGCUGCUGCGAGUUGUGUGCUAGUACUACUCGAGUUCCGGACCUCGCAUUGAGUAUGACUACCGUAUGCAGGAGUGCACGCGUGAGGGCAUGGCCGCAUGGGGCAUGGUUAUGUCGAGCUGCCGCUCGUUCCUUUCCCCUUCCUCCGGGAGUGGCCGUGCUGGGGUGUUUUAUGGAUGUGCUGAGGUCAGGCUACAACAUACGGGAAUGGAGCACAUAAAUUUUGAGCUCUCAUCGUAUGCGUUUGUUUGUUGUCAAUAAGAGCCUGAGCUCUUCGGACCGAAUCUGGGGCCGCCAUCCGGGCGGUGAUAAAGAUUGGCCAAGCGAGAAUUGGAUGAUGGCCACACAAUCAUCCCCGAGCGUGAUGUGUAACAUGAAAGUUGC